AUGAAACCAUUUAAUGUGGACGAUAUCCGAGAUUCGAAUUAUUCGCAGUUACAAGGAAAGUGCUUAGAGUCUGAUGCUACUAUACGUUGCUCUUCUAACUAUGAUCCAUUGGUUAAAAAUAAAAAUUUCAACGAUCCAUUACUACCCAAUCACUUGGACAAAAAUACAAUAUAUGGCAUCAUAACAAAUAAUAAACUGUCUGCUAGCGAUGUGAUUUUUCCAAAUAAAUUGUUUCGGGAAAAUGGUAUUGAAGACAAAAAAGAAACAGAUUUAUAUAAAAUUUCUCAUCACACGUACGGCAUUGGCGAACAAUUAAAUCGAAAGUAUGCAAACAGUUUUGAUCCAGAUUAUCGGUAUGGUAAGUCAUUAAAACGGUUACCAGCGGGUGUUUGGUUUAAAAAUAAUGUUCAAACUAAAUCGUCAGAUGAAAAUCAAAAUAUGCUAGCUGAUUAUAUUAGUAAAUUGUUAGAAAGUAAAGAGAACACUCGGUGCCGGUAUCCGUAUAUCGACAACCGGCAAGGAAAAUUCAUAGGCAGAUCGUAUUUAAGAGCACAAGACGUUUUAACCGGAAACGAACCAGACAAAAAAGAUUUUGAGCGUAUCGACUAUUCGUCGACAGUCAUUAGAUUGAAACAUUAUAUCAAAGAAAAAAAAUGCGAUUUAAGGGAAUUACAUGAAACGUUCAAAUUAUUUGAUAAGGAAUGCACGGGAUGGCUGCCACUGGAACAAGUGUAUAAAAUCUGUUACCAAUAUAAAAUCAAGCCUGAGAAAAAAUUGUUCGAUCUUGCCUUAUAUUCCAUUAAUGCCAUUAGUAGUAACAAUGUCAGCUAUAAUUUAUUUCUGGAUUUACUCGACCCGAACGUAAAGUUUUGGACGGUUUUAAAGAACGAUGACCGUACAGAUAUCGACAGAUUCAUUCCAACAUAUAAAAACGAUUAUGGCAACACAUUGUCUCGUAGCAUUCAAUUAAAUAAAAACCUCAACGAUUAUACAUCUGUUAAACCGAAAUCCUUGAUUUAUCUGGAUUGUUUUGGGUCUGAAACGAAUGUAAAAGCAUUACUAAACCCGACAAUAUUUUCAAACUACGGACUAACUUACAGAGACUUUUAUAUAGGUCGUAGUAAAGAUGUAAUGAAAAAACUAUUCCAAGACAUUGGAGUGGACUUACCAAAUGACAUUUUUAAUAUCACUUGGGAUAAUGCGUACCGAUGUGAUGGUGUCGACGACAAAGUGAGCGUAGAAGUUUUUAGACAGGCUCUACAAGAACUAGCCGACAGAACGAUGGACUAA